AUCUGUUAAAUGUUUUGAUCUUUUUUUUUGAUUUUCAUCAAAAUGUCUUUAAGUUUAAUUGUCUCUCGAUCAAUUAAUUGUCGCUCUUUUUUAUUACCUGUAAAUAGAUCAUUAUCUUUAUCAUGCUGUCCACCUGAGAAUCUCAUGGACGCUAAUAAAUAUGAGAAACUAAGUGAAGAAACUUUGGAAUCGUUGUGUCAACAAUUUGAAGAGAUCAUUGAAUCACAAUCUAAAUUGGAUGAUAGUGAUGUCGAGCUUAGUAAUGGUGUCUUGACUGUUCAAUUGUCUGGUAACGGUACUUAUGUGAUCAAUAAACAAACACCGAAUAGGCAGAUUUGGUUGUCUUCACCUUUCAGUGGUCCUAAAAGGUAUGAUUGGGUCCCUAGCUCGUGGAUUUACAAAAGAGACAAGACGUCGAUUCAGCAUCUAUUAAAUCAAGAGAUAUCUCGAUAUGUUGGUACAAAUGUUAAUUUCGACUUGGAUUGGUUAUCAAAAUUUGAAUAGAAUUUUAUAAAAGUUAUUACAUUACAAUUACAAUUACAAUUACAUUGUUUAGCUUAAUUUAUGUAAAAUCUAAUCUCUUGUUGAUUGGGCGAAGUCGAUUACAAUUCAUCUGAUUUCUACACCAAAUUUA